AAUAUAUUUUAGUAAAAGUUAAUAAUAUUCGUGUUUCUCACUGUGGAGUCACAAUAAAGAAAGCUAAGCUUCUUUAAUCUUACCCCUCCAAGAAACCUGAAGAUUCUAAGAAGCUGCCAUAAAAACUAUAGAAGGAAAAGUAAGAGAGAGGAAGAAGAAGAAGAAAGGCGUUCAAAGAAAACCCAAGAAACUACAACUUUCCCGAGAAAAUGUCGCGUCUUGACGACAUACCUUCAAGCCCAGGCAAAUUCAAGAUGGAGAAAUCUUCUUACUUCCAUCGCCUCAGAUUUCAAUCGUCCCUUACAAAAUUCGCAUUUUUCUCCUUCUUCCUCCUCUGUCUCAUCUCCAUACUCUUCCUCCGAUCUCCACCGUCCGUUAACCCCUCACAAUCCGAUCCAUCUCGCCGCUCACUCCGAACCUACAGCUACGGAGGACCCGCUUGGGAAAAACAUCUCCGAGCCUCCGCUCGAAUCCGAACUUCAAAUAACGGAAUCACCGUUUUAGUCACCGGAGCAGCCGGUUUCGUCGGGACACACGUCUCCGCCGCUCUAAAACGUCGCGGAGACGGCGUCAUCGGCCUCGACAACUUCAACGAUUACUACGAUCCAUCCCUGAAACGAGCAAGACAAGCUUUACUAGAGAGAAGCGGGAUCUUCAUCGUAGAAGGAGACAUAAACGACGUCGAAUUGCUCCGUAAGCUCUUCAAGAUCGUCUCCUUCACUCACGUUAUGCAUUUAGCGGCUCAAGCCGGAGUACGGUACGCAAUGGAGAACCCUAGCUCGUAUGUUCACAGCAACAUCGCCGGAUUAGUCAAUCUCCUCGAGAUCUGCAAAUCGGCUAAUCCACAACCUGCGAUCGUCUGGGCUUCGUCUAGCUCCGUCUAUGGACUCAACACGAAAGUCCCCUUCUCCGAGAAAGACAAAACAGAUCAACCGGCGAGUUUAUACGCCGCGACUAAAAAAGCCGGCGAAGAAAUCGCACACACGUAUAACCACAUCUACGGAUUAUCCCUCACUGGAUUAAGGUUUUUCACGGUGUACGGACCCUGGGGAAGGCCGGACAUGGCGUAUUUCUUCUUCACAAAGGAUAUUCUGAAAGGGAAAUCGAUUUCGAUUUUCGAAUCGGCGAAUCACGGCACGGUGGCUAGGGAUUUCACUUACAUCGACGAUAUAGUCAAGGGAUGUUUAGCGGCGCUUGAUACGGCGGAGAAGAGUACAGGAAGCGGAGGAAAGAAGAGAGGUCCGGCGCAAUUGAGGGUGUUUAACCUCGGGAACACAUCGCCGGUGCCGGUUUCCGAUCUGGUGAGUAUAUUGGAGAGGCAAUUGAAAGUGAAGGCGAAGAGGAAUGUGAUCAAAAUGCCACGAAACGGCGACGUUCCGUUCACUCACGCUAAUAUCAGCUUAGCUCAACACGAGCUUGGAUAUAAACCGACGACGGAUUUGCAGACGGGAUUGAAGAAGUUCGUGAGAUGGUAUCUGAGUUACUACUCCGGCGAGAAGAAAGCCGCCGCUAGAUGAUUGUUUCUUUUUUGGAUUUCUUGUUUGUUUGAGUAAAUUUUGGGGAUUGUGUAACACAGUGAACAAACCCAUCGGCAUUUUAUUUAAUUUAUUUAUUUUACUUCUCCAAUAAGUAACUGUUGUAGUGAAUUUGAUUGGUCUCCUAACGUCAAAUAAAAAAAAUCACAGAGAUUUGAA